CUCUUUCAGAGAAGAAGUGUAAAUGAUGGUUAUUAGUGGUUGUUAAAAACAUAACUGCUGCUUAUGAUAUUGAGACAGAAAGGAUGCCUUGCCAUCUUCUAAAUUUGUAAUUAUAUUUUCCAUCCUUAAAACCAGGAUGUAGAUUUGCGCAACUAAAACAUACCUCUUUAUCCUUCCACUAUUUCCAUUUACAAAUACUGUUUUCAUUAAGUUAAAAACUCCUCUCUGCUAGGACAGAAAAGAAAGCUGAAUCAUUUAUUUCCACCACUUUGUAGUGAAAAUGGGAAAACUAACUCUUCUUUCUACUUUUGGAAUUUCUCCUCUCUAAGUUUUCUUGACUUCAGGUAAGCCAUGUCUGCUCCAGCUGAUGAAACUGCAGGAGACCUGCCUGUGAGAGAUGUAGGUCUAAGUCUAGCUGGAACGGGAGGAUUACAAGAACCAUCAACUACACAGAAUGUAAAAGCUCGACAAGCUGUAUCUCGGAUUAGUCGCGAGGAGUUGGAAGACAGAUUCCUUCGUUUACAUGAUGAGAACAUCCUACUCAAACAGCAUGCAAAUAAGCAAGAGGAAAAAAUUAAAAGAAUGGCCACCAAGUUAAUACGGCUUGUUAAUGACAAAAAAAGAUCAGACCAGGUUGGUGGCGGCCCCAAGCGGCUGGGUCAGGCUGUGGAGCUGGAAGAAAUGAUUGAGCAUUUGCAAGAGAAAGUUCGUGAGCUUGAGAAACAAAACGAGGGCCUCCACAACAAACUAAUUUCAACCAAACAGCAGCUGCAGAUUCAAGGCCAUAGGCCUAGUCCAUACAGUUAUGUUCAAUCCCGUAUUAACACUGGUCUCAGAAAAAUGAGUGAUGUUGCUGGCAUACAGGAACGCGCAAAAAAAGGAAUGAGGUUUCAGGAUUUAGAAGUGAGAUCGCCUCACCUUAUGCACCCAAGAUAUGGUCAGAGUCUUCUCGAGGAUGCAAGAGCUGAAAUAAGAAAUUUAGAGACUGUGAUUGAGUCACAGAGGGAACACAUUGAGGAAUUGGAACAUACCAGAGAGAUGCUUGGGAAUCAGCUAAGGAGGAAAGAAAAGGAAAUUGAAGAGUCUCUCUUACAGUUGAAAGAGCAAGAAACAACAAGCCAAAGGUUAAACAUUCGAGACAAUGUGGAAAUGAUCAAGGUCCGUAAACAGCUGAUUGAGAAAAGCAAUGCUCUUUCAGCAAUGGAAGAAAAAUUUCUCCAGCUUCAAGAGAACCAAAGGAACCUGAAGACCAGUCAUGAUGCUCUAAUGACAAAAGGUGAUGAGCUGAAUCGACAGCUUAAAGAGGAACGUUUAAAGUGUCUCCAUCUUGAAAAAGAAUUGCAAUCAGUGAUUAUUUCAAAGCGAAGGACAGAGGAGUUACAGGAUAGAGUAAAUGAUCUGGAAAAGGAGAAAGAACUCUUAAAAGAAAACUAUGAUAAGCUGCAUAGCAGUAUCUUCAGUGUGACCCAUGAACAGCAAUGGAAAUUAAAGGAACAGCAACUGAAACUGCAGAUUGCUAAACUAGAGGCUGCUCUCAAAUCUGAUUUAGUGGACAAAAAUGAAAUCCUUGACAAGAUCAAAGUAGAAAGAGACCAAAAUGAAAAGCUGACCCAAGAGAACAAAGACCUGCAGUUACACUGUCUGGAACAUAAGCAACAACUAGAAGAACUGAAAAAUCACAUGAAGUUUUUCACCAAGGAAAGUGAUAUUGAUGUGGCAGAACUCAGAGAAGCUCUCUUGCUUAUAAAGGUUCGAAAGCAGCAGAAUAAUGGAGACCUUACAAUUUUUGAAAAAGUAGAAGAUGGCAUCCAUAAAAAUUUGGAACAGUCCAUGCGGGAGCUUCAAUUAACGCAUGCAGAAACUGUGCAAGAACUUGAGAAGACGAGGAAUAUGUUAAUAGUACAGCAUAAAAUUAACAAAGAUUACCAGACUGAGGUUGAAGUUGUGACACAAAAGAUGGAAAGUCUACAGAAAGAUUAUGAGGUAAAACUGGAACAGUAUGUCCACCUUCUUGAUAUUAGGGCUGCGCGCAUCAGAAAAUUAGAAGCUCAACUUAGAGAUAUUGCCUAUGGUACUAAGCAGCACAAAUUCAGAUCAGAAAUAUUGCCAGAUGAUCCAGUGGAUGAAUUUGAUGAAACUUUGCAUUUAGAAAGAGGAGAAAAUCUUUUUGAAAUUCAUAUUAGCAAAGUGAUCUUUUCUACUGAAGCUGUGCAAGCUUUUGGUGACCAGGAACCUGCAACUUUUUGUACUUACGCAUUCUAUGACUUCGAACUUCAGGCGACCCCAGUGGUGCGUGGGUUUAUUGCGUCCUAUGACUUCACUUCUCAGUAUCUUGUGCGGGUUGAUGACUACUUCUUGCACUACGUACAACAAAACAGUAUGACACUUGAGGUUCAUCAUGCAUACGGCACAGAUUAUGAAACAGCUGCUGCAUGUCAACUGAAGUUCCAUGAAAUCUUGGAAAACAAUGGCAGGAUCUACAGCACAACAACUUUAGUUGGAAUCAAAGGAAACAUCCAAAAUUAUGGCACGGUAGAGUACUGGAUCAGAUUACGAGUUCCGAUGGAUCAAGCUAUUAGACUCUACAAAGAAAGAUCAAAAGCUCUGGGGUAUAUAACAUCCAAUUUCAGAGAACAUGAGCAGUCAACCCAGCAGCAGAUACACAGAACUGCCCAAGUCAGCACUUCAACAGAUGGCAAUUUAAAUGAACUCCACAUUACAAUAAAAUGUUGUAACAGUCUGCAGACCAGGAAGAGACAUCUUCAGCCAAAUCCUUAUGUUGUCUACAAGUUCUUUGAUUUUGCAGACCACGAUACUCCCAUCAUUCCUAGCAGCAACAACCCACAAAUAGAUGACCAUAUGUGUUUUCAGGUGCCAAUGAAUGCAGAUUUAGACCGAUACCUAAAAUCAGAAUCUUUAGCUUUUUAUGUAUUUGAUGAUGGUGAACCAGAAGAAGGUGGUUAUUUAGGAAAAGCCAAUGUACCUCUAAUUUCUUUAGCACAUGACAGAUGCAUCUCCGGUGCUUUUGAACUAACAGAUUCUGAAAGACGUGCUACUGGUACCAUCAGAGUUGAGUUAAAAUGGAAAUUUGCUUAUUUACCACCAAGUGGAUCAGCAUUGGCUGCAGACUUAGUAAAUUACAUUCAAAAUGAGAAAUCAAUGGCAACUAAAUUGCUGGAAGAGGCUCCAGCCCUGUCUCCUCCUUUUACUUCAUCAGUGACAGAUGAUGGGGGUAGUGUCAAAAAUAUGAUACCAACACCUAAACCAAGGCAGCGUGCAGCUCAAGCAGACAAGAAGGUAUCUUUUCUGGAUAUCAGUUCAGUACACAGGACAGGCUCUCUUACUGUUGAAAAAGAUGAGGAACUUGCACAGAAGAUUAAGGCUUCAGCAGUGCCAAGUGUUUCAGAGGUUAAACAAGAAAGCCUGGCAGGUGAUAAGGUGAAGGAGAUUGCUGAAGAAAUUCAACAGGAAAAAGAAGACCUUUCACAUCUGUCUGAGGGACAGUUGGCUGACCAAAGCUCAGCUACCUCAGGAGAUGAAACAGAAAUAACUGAAGAAUUAGAACCAGAAGCAGAUCAAGAUGAUAGACAGGCAAAUGAUGCCAUUGAAUCAAUAAUAACUGACAGCGAUGAUUGUAUUGUUCCAAGUCCAGGGUCCAAGAAUAUUAAACAGACAGGUGAAAAAAUCCGGAUUGAAAUUAUAUCACUUUGUUUUACUGAUUCACGAGUUGCAAUGGAUGACACAGUUCAGCAACUGUUUGUAGAAUGCAGGUUAUACAAUUUCCUUGCAGAGGAGACUCCAGUGUCACUUCCAAAACCAACAGGUGGUCAGUGGAUACACUAUAACUACAGCAAUGUGAUAUAUGUGGAUAAAGCUGAUAAUCGUGCAAGAAGAGAUUAUCUGAAGUCAAUUCUUCGAAAGCCAGAUCUAAAUGCUGACAGUCUACGAUUUACGGUGGUUAGUGAUCCCCCAGAAGAUGAACAGGACCUUGAAUGUGAAGAUAUUGGUUUUGCUUAUGUCAGUUUGAGAGAGAUAUUUCAGAAAGAAAGAGAUAUCAUUGAGCAAGAUAUCGAUGUUUUCGAUUCACAAGAUGAUAGUGCAGUAAUUGGAAAGCUCAAAGUAACAGUGGAGGCCCUCCAUGCACUGCGUUCAGUCUAUGAGGAAUGCGGAGAUAACUAGGCGGCAUGAAAGGGAAGUUUGCCUGUAGAAGCUCCUUUUCCCAGUGUAAAUACAUGCUUGAUAGCUCUUCGAAGAUGAGAUCUUUGUAAUUCUUACAGUAUAUUUAAUGUAUAAUUAAUACGAAAAGGAUGCUUGAUUUGCAGUUGUAAAGUUUUGUAUACUUUUCAGUCUGUUUGUUUUUAUAUCUCCCCCCUAAGGCUAAAAAUCUCUCCACAAUGGACAACGUCUUGUAAAUAAUUAAUACCUACAUGAUUGAAUGAUGUGCUUUAUUUGCAUUUUCAACAUUUUUCCUACAUAAAAUAGUAAUAAAAAUGCAAGUCAAAUUUUUAAUUUUUAAUAAAAAAAACCCGUAAGCCUUAGAAAACUGAUUAAAAAUACUUUUAUGUUAUCCCUAAUCACCCCACUAAAUGGAAUGCCUGUGAUUAGCCUCAUUAAGAAUUUUAUACUGUGAAGAUUUUAUUAAAAGCAAUAUAUGAAAAUUACUUGGAUUAAUGUGUUAAUCUGCCUCUUUAAAAUGCUAAUAUCCAUUUUAUGCACAUUAAAUCUCAGUAUGUGUUUGCUUUGAUGCAUGCAGUUCCUAUCAAUUAAAUAUAAAGAAUGAGGCUAGUUGCAGGACUGAUUAAAUUACUGCAACCUUUUUUUAAAUAACUUUUGCCCUUCUACUAACAUUAUAAUCAGCUGUUUAUGAUUAUAAUGAUUUGAAGUAGGGGGAAGGCAGGCGUAAUCAUUUUUUCUAUACUGUAAAAGAUUUACUUCCAGCCAACAUCUGUCAAAGCACAGAAAGAAGCUAUAAAAUGUCAGAUUUUGCUUCACCUAGUUUAGUUGUAGAGACAGGCAACUGUGUUUUCAUUUGGCUUUUUGUCACUUUUAGAACUUACAUCAAACAUAUACAAUGAUUUGUUGUGUCUGAAUAACCAGUGUCUAGAAAGCAGCUUCGAAAGUUAAUUUUCUAGCUUUUAACCAAUCUCAAUGAAGGAUUUAAUUGAUAUUUUUAAUGGAGCUGUGAAUCAAUGCCGCAAAAAGAUUGUCUCUUGAGAGCAAGGAUAUAAUACAUUUCAUUUUUUAAUUUACUUUUUUAUUUGUCAUUUUCUUCAAAGGAUUUUAUAGGCUGUGGAUUUCUACUGUUUGCAAACAGGCUAUGUUUCUUCAUAAGCAUAUGUAAAGUAUUCAGAGAGAUAAGUAAUUUAUUAAAAUCUACCUAAUUUGCCGUGAUAUAUUAAAUCUCUGCUUCAGUGAUCACAGACCAUUUCAUUUAGAGAAUUAGGCAUUCCCUCUUUGUGUGAUUAAAGCUCUGGAAAAUGAGUUCUUUGCUCCUAUUUGUGAACAUUCAAAGCCUGCUAAUGGCAAGAAGAUGGAAUAGAUUAUGAGACAAUUCAUUACAGUUCAACAGAAAAAAAAAAAGCAGUUAUAAUGCAGAAAUGCAAGUAUGAAUAUCUGCAUAUAGUUUGAACCAUCUGUGCUCUAAUGGCUUCAAUAAUGGCUCUUCGUCUUCAGUAGGCUUUGAAAUGACAUCCAUACAAUAUUAAUUUGUUGAUGUACAUUAUGAGGCCAAUGGAAUGAAUAUAUUCUGACCACAGAAAUCUCUAAAUUCCACCAUGAACUGAUGGUUGACUCCAUUUUAGGGCCUACCAUUUUCAGGAGUAGUACUUCUCAUCCAGACUUUGCCAGUCCUCACAGCAUUUCAUUCCUCUGGAUCUUUCAGGAGACCACAGACAGCUGCAUUCCUAAACCCUUCCAUUCUUGAGAUAAUGGCCAUAUGUUUGUUGUCAUUUGGGCUGGCUCUUAGUUCAUCGUUUUGGCCACUACUUCUAGCUUUUUUUGGCUCUGUGCACCUAUAUUGUCAUUAAGACAGUUAUUAUACAUUACAAUAAUUUGAAACAGCUAGAUUCAACACUGAGAUUAACUGAGUGGCUUUUUAGAAAUUUAGUUGCGGUGCUCUACCAGGAGGUUCAUAUUAUUCUUCUAAAGUUUGCAAACCAAGCUAAAUAUCCUGCAUAUAAACAAAGAAGUGAAUUGUACUUUUUUUUUUUUUUUUUUUUUUUGGUGACUGUUAACUGAAUUGCAGAAGAACUAUGUAACUGGUGCUUGUUUUCUUGUGAAUAAACCGUGUGGUAAAAUUAGAAAAUCAGUGACGUCUCACUUAAACGUUUACAGUAACACUCUUAGCACUUAAUCUUCACCAUCUGAAGUUGAAAACUUAGUAACUGAGCAUUCAUAUACUCAUUAAACACAGACCUCUUUAGUAAGUUACUGCAAAAUAUUCCAGCUGACAUUUGGUUACAUCGUGUUAACUGUUCUCAGCGACUCCAACAUUAACAUGUAUAAUUU